AUGCCUAAACAUCCUCGACUUGGUGGCAAUGGCAAGCGCCAAUGCCCUCGAUGCAAGCUGCGCCACUUUCCCGAUGAAGAAUGUGGGCCGCUUUGCUGGAAUUGCGGGUGGUGGCACCAUGGAGGGUGCAAGAAACACUGUUGGAACUGUGGAGCCGAGGAUCACAAGUUGUGGGAUUGCACUCGACGCAUCACUCAACUCCCGGCGAAGCAGGUGGUUGAGAAUUACGGAUUAGAAUUGAACACAUUCUACCGUUAUGAUCAUACCACGGGUCUUUGGGAGGUCAGUGGUCGUGACCGAAUGAGGGAUUUCCUCGAGACAAAUGACAAGACCCUUCCAACAGGAGAGAAACGUCGGCAUUCUCCCAGUGUCGACGAGGAGACCAAUGGUGAGACGGUACUGGUCGCCAGACGUCAAACCAUUGAUGACAAUCCGGAGGGCAAACCGGCCAACCCAAGCAGCCCGAGAGAAGACACUGGUCAACUCUCGAUCAAAGGAGCUGCCGGCUUCUCGAUCAAGGGUGCUGCUACGCGUCAGCAGGUACCCCGUCGCUAUGCUCCUUAUCCUUCCGGCCGCCCCAACGCUCCUGGUGGUCAACCAUCAGGCCGAAGGUAUAUGCCACCUCAACCGAAACCUCCUCGGAGGUCGGGCGAGACUCAUCAUGCCUAUGCGGCUGCGGUGCGCCAGGAUGAUAGGGAGCGUAUGACGGCACAGGGGCCACCACGUGAGCGUAGGCAAGAAGCACCAUACACCCUUGAUCAAGAGGACCGUUACAGAAGAUAG